GCGGUGUUAGAGUCUACCUGGCCCUCCAGUACCAGAGGAGGUUACUUCAUGUGGAUGAAGCUGAGGAACGUGGUUAUGGGUGUGGCUCAGUUCAGACAGGCGCUACGGAAACAGCAGGCUCCACCCACUCCGAGCCCUCUGUCAGGUAACCAUGACGAUGCAGCCUAAGCCCAUCAGAGUGACGGGCUUAGGUUGUGAUCGUGAAGUGCUGUGAAUUUAACACUGUUGUGAGGUUUUUGUGAGGUUGUUGAGUUGUCUGACAGACAAGACAACUGUGCAUGCUUCUUUAUGAAAUGUAUGUGUUUGGUUUGGAUCUGAUGUGAAGCUGUAAGAGUGAAUGUGUCUGAAAGAGCAAUGUGAGAGGUGUCUGUCGUUUCAGACACAUACUGUAUAGCACAUACAUAAUACAAUACAUCACUCAUCACAUUAGAUAUAACAGAUUCAGAUUAAACCUUCAGAUCAGAAUACAUUAAAUACACACUCACCUUGCACACCCUUUGAGGCGUGGUGCUGUCUGGCAGAACUUAGAACUCAGAAAAUAAUUCUGUCAAAAGUUCCUCUAUCUUCUCUCCAUGUGCAGUGAAUUUGUAUUGGCACCAGCACACCUCCAGGUCAGCCAUGACCAGGCCUCUAGUUCUCUAGAGCAGGGGUUCCCAACCCUCUCCUCGGGCCCUUCCAGACCCUCUAGUUCUCUAGAGCAGGGUUUCCCAACCCUCUCCUCGGGCCCUUCCAGACCCUCUAGUUCUCUAGAGCAGGGUUUCCCAACCCUCUCCUCGGGCCCUUCCAGACCCUCUAGUUCUCUAGAGCAGGGGUUCCCAACCCUCUCCUCGGGCCCUUCCAGACCCUCUAGUUCUCUAGAGCAGGGUUUCCCAACCCUCUCCUCGGGCCCUUCCAGACCCUCUAGUUCUCUAGAGCAGGGUUUCCCAACCCUCUCCUCGGGCCCUCCCAGACCCUCUAGUUCUCUAGAGCAGGGGUUCCCAACCCUCUCCUCGGGCCCUUCCAGACCCUCUAGUUCUCUAGAGCAGGGUUUCCCAACCCUCUCCUCGGGCCCUUCCAGACCCUCUAGUUCUCUAGAGCAGGGUUUCCCAACCCUCUCCUCGGGCCCUCCCAGACCCUCUAGUUCUCUAGAGCAGGGUUUCCCAACCCUCUCCUCGGGCCCUCCCAGACCCUCUAGUUCUCUAGAGCAGGGGUUCCCAACCCUCUCCUCGGGCCCUUCCAGACCUUUCACUUUUUAGUUUUAACCCUAAACUGGUACACCUGAUUCAUUUAGUCAAAGGCUUGAUGAUUAGGUGUGCCAGUUUAGGGUAAAAAAAAAACAUGUGAAAUGUCUGGGGGGGCCGAGGAGAGGGUUGGGAAACCCUGCCUAGUGAGCUAUAAAGAAAACACUGUAGUCCUCUAGUGAUCUAUAACAGACUGUAGUCCUACAGUGACCUAUAACAGACUGUAGUCCUACAGUGACCUAUAACAGACUGUAGUCCUACAGUGACCUAUAACAGACUGUAGUCCUCUAGUGACCUAUAACAGACUGUAGUCCUCCAGUGACCUAUAAAACACUGUAGUCCUCCAGUGACCUAUAAAACACUGUAGUCCUCCAGUGACCUAUAAAACACUGUAGUCCUCCAGUGACCUAUAACAGACUGUAGUCCUCCAGUGACCUAUAAAACACUGUAGUCCUCCAGUGACCUAUAAAACACUGUAGUCCUCCAGUGACCUAUAAAACACUGUAGUCCUCCAGUGACCUAUAAAACACUGUAGUCCUCCAGUGACCUAUAAAACACUGUAGUCCUCCAGUGACCUAUAAAACACUGUAGUCCUCCAGUGACCUAAAAACACUGUAGUCCUCUAGUGACCUAUAAAACACUGUAGUCCUCCAGUGACCUAUAAAACACUGUAGUCCUCCAGUGACCUAUAAAACACUGUAGUCCUCCAGUGACCUAUAAAACACUGUAGUCCUCCAGUGACCUAUAAAACACUGUAGUCCUCCAGUGACCUAUAAAACACUGUAGUCCUCCAGUGACCUAUAAAACACUGUAGUCCUCCAGUGACCUAUAAAACACUGUAGUCCUCCAGUGACCUAAAAACACUGUAGUCCUCUAGUGACCUAUAAAACACUGUAGUCCUCCAGUGACCUAUAAAACACUGUAGUCCUCCAGUGACCUAUAAAACACUGUAGUCCUCUAGUGACCUAUAAAACACUGUAGUCCUCCAGUGACCUAUAAAACACUGUAGUCCUCUAGUGACCUAUAACACUGUUGCUUCAAUUCACUGACCCACUUGGAUCUGGGUUAAAGGUGUCUUGGCACACACACACACACACACACACACACUACAGUUCCAGUCCAUAAUAUUUAACUUGGUCUAAAGCCGGACGGCCCCAGACUGUGUUGAUAUCCAGCCCGUGGACCACUCCUUGCUGCGCUUCACAGACGCCUGUAGAGAAGGUCACUUGCUUCACACGCAUCCCUCACAGAAUAUUGGUUUUCACUGAAAGUUGCAAAUCCCUCACAGACACAUUGAUUUAGGCUACAUAUUUCUCGCUGAAGAACCAUCACAUAAAAAGUAAUUCAGCCCUUAACACCUUGUUGUUUUUGAGGAGCCAAAAUGGUGUCCGGGUUUCUCUUAACGCCUUGUUGUCUUUGGGCAGAUGGCAGCGACCUGGACGCUGUGAGUCACGGCAGCCUGGAUAGCUCUGCCGACACUAACACGGCCGAGCAGGGGCCCUACGCCACCGACUCCAUCAAAGUAGACCCCACUGACGAUAGGCGUAGCACAGGUACACCCCAAAAUGGCUGCCGACUACGCCUCACGGGGGCCGCCAUCUUUAUUACACCUUUUCUCAGUCUGACACGUCUUUUUUCCCCUCCUCUCUCAUUGCUCCACCUGCUCCCUGCUCUCUCCCUCCUCAUUGCUCCACCUGCUCCCUGCUCUCUCCCUCCUCCUUUCUCUGCCUGCUCCUUCCUCCCUUACACCCUUCCUGUCUGUCUGUCUUCAUUCACGGCUUGUUGUCUCAAUGUUUUUCUCCUUCACUAUGGUUGCUCUGCUGUCCCCCUACCUAACUGCCCCCUCCCUCCCUCCCUCCCUCCCUCCCUCCCUGCCUGUCGGUGCUGUGUGUGCCCGUGCAUGCAGUCAGCCGCGGGGACUGGGGCGGUGUGGGGUCGGACAUCCGGUCGG